AUGUCGGAGCUAACCGAAGGUUUCCUCUGCCCCGAGUGCAUGCUCAACUUAGCCUCCGACGAAGCCCUGAUGGCGCACUUUGAAGAAAACCACAUCGAGAAGCCACCGACGAACCACCACGUCGUCGAGGCCACGUCCACAAGACCCCUUCUACCACCCUCUCCAGUUAACGACCUUCUCGCGGACUACAGGCGUCUCGCGUCUGACUACGCAGACAAUAUUCAGGCCCUAACUAAAGCCAAGAAUCAGCUCCAAUCAAAGACGAUGCUUCUAGUAAGAGACAACAGUUUGCGCCAGAAUUUGACGGAUUACCUAAACUCGGAAGCCGAACGGGCAACACAAAAUGCAGCCCUUGUACUACAGAUUACCGAACAGCGUGAUGUUGCUCUGAGCGAUGUCAACAAAUUGAAAGAUCAAUUGGAGACCAAAACUCGCCUGAUCGCGGAGCUCGAAUCGAAGCUCCAGAAAUCGCAACAGGACCUCCCUGCUAAGGACGCAAAUGCUCCUCAGAGCUUGCUCGAUGGUGAAACCAGGUCGUGUGAAACCAGUCAGGAGGCGGGCGAGAACUCCAAAGACACGAUUGUAACUAAUGCCGCGACCCUACACCAGGCUCAACGCGAAUUAGAAGCAGCUGUGCGCAAACGUUAUGAUCUUUUAGAAAAGUUGAAUGAAUUGCAGUCGCAGAUGCUGCGUGAAGGCACGAGCGAUCAACUGGAGAGCCAAUUGGGUCAAAUCAAAGACGAACUCAACUCGUUCAAUUCUGAGCGGUGCGCUCUGGAUGAUAUUCAGGCGUUGCCAAUGGCAAAGGAAUCAUCACACCCCGAAACGGUUCAACCAUAUGCGACAAAAUUUGCCUCAGAAAAGAAUCAACUUUCAGCCGAGGUUCUGGCAUUGAAGAAGCAGGUCAGCGACCUCACAGAGUACACGGACUCCUUGAACGAGACGAUUCGGACUUUGGAAGGCAACAGGACAGAACUCACGGAGAUGCUCGCCUCUCGGGACAAGGAAGUCACGCGUCUGAAGGUCGAGUACGAGGCUGAAAUUGUCAGCAUCAAGACGACGAUGGCCGAACGACUGGCCAAGUCUGCGAAUGCUCUGAACCAAUUGAAGGCGGAGAAGAUUGCGUCCGCAGAGGAGGUGUCUGAUCUCACACACCAGCUUCAAGAAUGCGAGACGAAGCUACGCGAUGCUGAAGGUGCUCUUGGGUCGGCGGAAGCAGAUCGCGGCGUCCUGGAGCGUACACUCGUACUGAAUAAGCACAUGGAGGAGCGCACCAACGAAAUGGAAGCCAAGUCGAGCGAAUGCCAACAGCUCACUGAGCAGGUUCAAAGCCUCACCCUUGAGCACACCGCUGUGGUCGCGACCAACGAGAGCUUGACCGCCCGGCUGGCGGAAGCAGACGCGAGCAUUGGCCGUCUGACGAGCUCUGAGGCUCUGCUCCUGCAGAAUGUUCAAGAGCUCACAGACAAGCUGACGUUGCUGCGGAGCCAGCAAGAGAGUCACGCCAGGGCGAUGGCCGAAAUGCAGUCCAAAAUCGACUCGACCCAGUCUGAGCACCAGACCCUCAUGGAUCGGUUCAUUGAGUGCCAGGACAAGGCAAACCAACUGGAGCUCGCAUUGCAGACGUGCACUCGCGAGCUAGAGAGCCUUCAGCGCAUCGUGCUUGAUCUUGGCAGGCAGAAUCAGGCGCUUCAGAUCAGUCUGGAGCGUCAGACUAACAGACAAUGGGUUUCCGAUGAGUCCGCCACCUGCUGCUCCAAUUGCCAGAAGGAAUUCUCCAUUAGCUUUCGAAAGCACCAUUGUCGACACUGCGGCAAGGUCUUCUGCCAGGCCUGUUCGUCGAAGAAGACGGCAACCUCGGCUUCGAAGGAUCCGCUUCGUGUUUGCGACGCCUGCUUCGCUGAGCUAACAGGCGUUCGGUAG